CCGGCCGGGCUGCUGCUGCGCCAAGCGGGGCACGGGCUGCGGGCGCGGGUGGGAUGCCGUCCUCUGGCCCUGGUGUGCUGGGGAGUUCACUGGGAAUUUUGUUAUCGGCUGGUUAUAGAGAAUAGCAACAAUACUGUAUUAAUUGUGGUCUUUUGCUGCAAGUGUUUACGGUGUGGAUUUGCUUGACUGUUGUUUUUUUUUCACCUGUUUGCAGAGGUUUCUGCACAGCUGGAAGUGAUCAGCACAUGCUGUCUCUUUACCAUCCCCGUCGGGACGGGGUGCUGAGCUGCCCACGCUCUCUUUGCUCCCCUCCUCCGUUCCCAGUGCUCAGUAUCUCUCUGUGGUGCCCAGGAAGGGUCACGGGGACCCUCUGAGCUUCACCCCCUCCCAUGCUUCCUCAGGGCCAGGACAGUUGCAGAUGGGUUGUGAUGGUGUGGGGCCUGAGGAGGCGUUCACUGCACGGGCGACAGCCGUGUGCCUCUGUCCUGUGUUUAACUAGUACUGCUGUGCCCAGCUUUGCGAUUCAGUGUUGUCCCUGCAGCUCCUGGCCGAGAUGGCCUUACCCAUGAGAUGUUCUGGGGUGAAGGAUCAUUUUGAGCUCUUGGAGGUGUGAAGAUAAAUACAAAAUGUUCUGGUUCGCGGCAUGCACUUCUCUAAGCGAGUCCCAGGCUUCAGGCCUUGCAGCCCCCGGAUGUGGAGAUGGAAAUAACUGACCUGAGUGUCACUGAAACCCUGGGGAAGGUCGUCUGCAUGUGGAAAUCUAUUUUGGUUUGAAAUAGGAUACCUCACAAAUGGGUGUCCCCAGUUAGAACUGCUGCGCAGCAAUUCGAGAUCUCAGUUUUACUCACUCCAUGACUUGUGUUCCUGUUCCAUUCAGGUCCAUCACAGUGUAUGGGGCUCUAGCAGCUGGUGUAGGGACAGCUGUCUAGAGCAUGGGGGUGUGGGUCACUCCUGGCAAACCUUUGUUUGGGUGAAAGAUGACCCUGAGUCUGUCUGCUUGUGACCAAGGUGUGUCCAGGGCCCUAACCAUGUGUUCUGCCAUUGGCUCCUAGUUUUUCUGACCCAAACGGCCCUAGUCUGUGCAAGCAGCCAUGCUGUGCCUCCUGAUCAGAGUGAUGGAGCAGAACCCAUGCAUGUGGAUGAGGUUCCAGUGGCACCCACUCCAGUUUGGUGGGACUGUCUCCUGCACGGUGCAGGAACAUACUGAGGUAGCUGGUAUUUUUUUUUUUUUUUCAAUUUUGCCUUAGCUCGUGCUUUUGAUGACACCAAGCUGAGUGGUGCAGUUGACACAAUAGAAGGGAGAGAUGCCAUCCAGAGGGACCUGGACACACUCAAAAAGUGGGCACACGAGAAUCUGAUGAAUUUUAACAAGGCCAAUUGCACUUGAGUCAAGGCAAUCCCAGGUACGAGUACAGUCUGGGAGAACUCCUUGAGAGCAGCACUGUGGAGGAGGACUUGGGGUUCUGGUGGGUGAAAAGCUGCAACAAGCCAGCAGUGUGCACGUGCAGCCCGGAAAGCCAGCAGUAUCCUGGACUGCAUCAACAGAGGGGUGGCAGUUGGGUGAGGGAGGGGAUCGUCCCCCUCUGCUCUGCCCUUGUGAGGCAUCAUCUGGAGUACUGCAUCCAGGCCUGCAACCCUCUCAGUACAGGUGGGAUGUGGAGCUGUUGGAGCGAGUACAGAGGGCCACGGAUACAGUCAAAGGGCUGGAGCAUCUCACCUAUGAAGAUGGGUUGAAGGAGUUGGUAUUGUUUACCUUUGAGAAGAGAAGGCUCCAGGGAGCCAUCAUUGUGAUCUCCCUUCCUUGAAGGGAGCUUACAAGCAGGUGGGGGACCAACUUUUUGCGUGGUCUGAUAAUGAUAGGACAAGGGGGAAUGGCUUUAAACUAAAAUAAGGUAGAUUUAGGUAAGAUGUUAAGAAGGAAUUUUUUACUUAGCAAGGCUCUGGAACAGUUUGCCCAGAAAGGUUGUAGAUGCCCCAUCUCUGGAGGCAUUCAAGGCCAAGCUGGAUGGGAUCCUGUGCAGUCUGAUCUAGUGGUUGGCAACCCUGCCCAUGGCAGGGGAGUUGGAGCUAGAUGAUCUUUAAGGUCCUCUACAGCCUAUGCUGUUCUGUGAUUUUCUGCUCUGUAGGACGAGCAGGUUGGUGCCAAAGCCCAGUUGCGGGAAGAGCCAGUGAGCCUCUUCUUUCUCCUGGUCCCCGCUGUGUAACCUCAGAACCUGGCCUGCCUCGCUGCAGUGUGAGGCUUCUACAGCACAUACAUCAGGCACUGGCCACUAGCCCACCGGGAGGGGUGGACUCCUGGACUUGUCUUGCUUCUUGAAAAGGAGCAUAGAGAAGGAGAGCGCUCUGUGAGCUCAGUGUAAUGUGUGCAUUUCUGGAGCUGUGCUUUUGUGUGUGUGGCCCAGCUGUGGUGCAGUUGUGUGGGUGGUUGGAUCACUGGGGCAUAGCGCUCCACUCCAAGUAGACAGUGAAGCCAGCAGGAAAGUGUGGCUGGGAUCGUCAGAGAUGAGCAAGCAAGGAAACAGUUGAGAGAGAGCACAAAGAGGAUGUAAAGGGACGGCUCAGGGGCUGUGGUACAGUGAGGCCUGGAUCUGGGCAUAGGCUGUGCUGGGGGCUUCCCGCUGCCGCUUUAUUACAUGGUGCUGUGCUUGCAGGUCAUGGCCCCCAGCCUGCGACUUUAGGGCCAGGCAGAAAGCCUCUGCUGGUGCAUGCUGCAGUCUGUGGCCAGAGCGGAGUGUCCCUGCGCACGAGGCUGCCGGGAGCUGGGGUGACUGCCCCGCGUGGAGCCAGCCUGAUGCAGGCUGCCCUUGGAGCUGUGGUGUCAGGGUUGAAGCUUUUCUGCUGAGGGACUGGGGUGGUUUUGCUGCUGUUCAGGGAGGUCAGCUUCUGAUGUUCCUGGGGCCGCUCCAGAGUGGGAAUCUCUCUGUGCCCUGGGCCAGUACUGCACUGAGCGAGUGGGCCUGAGCUGGGCCUCUUCCUGCACAGGACUGCAUCCGGCUUCCCCAGGCUGGGAGUGGGAAGUGCCCUGCUGCUGGGAACGAAACAGCCUCCAGGGAAUGUGCUCCUAGCAGUGGGAAAAAUGCUGUGAUUGUUUGGGGCCGUUCCCAGAUUCAGCCUGUGGGGGGGCGGGGUCCGACCUUUGGGGAGCACGGGGCCGUCAUCAGCCAAGUCCUCAGGCACUGCUGCCAUGCAGGCAGGUCAGUGCUGCGGUGUUUGAAGAGAACUUCACUAAAACAACAAGCUGUCUAAUGGGAGUAUUUAUAGAAUCCUGUUCCUUAAUUUAAUCUGCUCUUUCACUGUUUGUUUUUUAUUUUUAAGUUCAAAAGUGUGAUAGCAAAGAAACCAAACUUUGCAGGCACCCGAGGGAGAGUUGAAAUGUAACUCAUGGUCUGCAUCAGCCCAGAGCUCUGCUCUGACCUGUGCCAAGUUCAGAAAAACAUUUACCGAGCACGCAGGCCAGUUCCUGCUGCCCUGCACCAGCUCCAGCUGCAUCCCAGUGCCCUGCGGGUGAGAGCUACCCCGCCAUGUUGCGCAGUCUGGGGUCGGCCCAGUGCCACCCUGCAGGAUGCCGUGCUGGGUGCGUGGCACCACCAGGAGGAGGCUUCGUGUGGGCCCUGACCAAGUGUGGGUUGGUGCGUGUACUGGGUGCUCACCCAGGUGCUGGGGUAGAGCUCUGUUGGUGAUGUUCUUGUUACCGUGUGCUCGCUCCCGCUGCUUUGGAGGCUUUAGGCAGUCUGGUUUGGUUGAUUGUAUGGCAUUGUUAUUUGCAUAGGGCCCAGAUUUGCUCUUUUUUGUUGCCUGCAGCACCGUUUUGGUUCAGACUGGGCACUGUGAAGUGUAAACCCCGGUCCUGCUGGCACCAUCACUCACCUCUGCCUUUUUAGAAGCAGAUCAGUCCAUAAUGCCUGAAGUGCGAGAUCUCUCCGAUGCCUUGCCUGAUGUGCCGAUGGAUCCCAUCACAGGGGUUGGCGUGGUUGCGUCCCGGAGCCGUGCGCCAACAGGCUAUGAUGUAGUUGCUCAAACAGCAGAUGGCCUGGAUGCUGACCUCUGGAAGGAUGGCCUGUUUAAAUCCAAGGUCACACGAUACCUAUGCUUCACGAGAUCAUUUUCAAAAGAAAAUAGUCACUUAGGAAACGUCUUGGUUGACAUGAAGCUCAUUGACAUCAAGGACACUUUACCCGUGGGCUUCAUCCCCAUUCAAGAGACUGUUGACACACAAGAAAUAGCUUUCAGAAAGAAGAGGCUGUGCAUUAAAUUUAUCCCUCGAGAUUCUACAGAGGCAGCUAUCUGUGAUAUCCGAAUCCUGGGGAGAUCUAAGCAAGCCCCUCCUCAGUAUACGUUCAUAGGCGAGCUGAACAACAUGGGCAUCUGGUACCGGAUGGGCAGAGUUCCCCGCAACCAUGAGUCUUCACAGCCUGCUGCGCCUUCCCAGGCGCCAUCUCCAACACCAGCUCCCAGCCUGCCAAGGCAUAUCUCACUGACACUUCCUGCUAGCUUUCGAGGCAAAAGUCACAGCAGCCGCCUGGACUUGGAGCACCAGCACUCAAACCUGUAUGCCAUAUCAGCAAUGGAUGGAGUGCCUUUCAUGAUCUCAGAGAAGUUUGCCUGCGCUCCUGAAGGGAUGCAGCCAGUUGAUCUCUUGGGCAUCACAAUCAAAACCCUUGCAGAAAUUGAGAAGGAGUAUGACUACAGCUUCAGGACGGAGCAGAGCGCAGCAGCCCGCCUGCCGCCCAGCCCCACGCGCUGCCCGCCGGUCCCACCAUCCUGAGGGCCACCGGCGCCGGAGCAGCCGUGUGCACGUACUACUGAGCGGGACGCAGUGCCUGGCCUCCACCAGCCCCCGCUGCUCCGGCCUCACCCCGCCCCGCACCACCUCCCGUACGCCCUGCUCCACGCGUCAGACCUCGCGGUCCUUCGGCAGCUGCUGCAGAUGCAUCUCCAUGUGAGUAUGUUGCUCGGAGACUGACUGGCAGCCUCCCAGUUGCUCCUGUUCCCCUAUCCCCUGCUGUAGGACGGUCACAAAACAGCCAACUGUAGCGAAGCGCUGUGAACAGCCAGCUGUGAGCUCGCAGACGAUCAGGAAUGCUCAGCAGCGAGCCCUGAGAAAGAAAAAGACUCAGCCGUCAGCAGUGGGCCCCAGACCGCACACCCAGGCCCGGCCCACACGUGCCACCCCUCCUGUGGUGCUUGGUGGUGGCACUGCCGAGAUCUGAGCCGCACGGCAGCUCCACCACAGCCACGAUCAGCCCAGGCUGAGAUCUUCUUUUUUGCCAUGGGCACAUGGGGCCAGGGCCUCUCGCUCAGGCCCGCUUUAGGCCUCUCCCCAGUAGCUGGCAAACGGAGGUCCCGGAGAGCGCAGGCAGCACUGGGGUUCCUCUGCUUUGCACAGGGACUUUGAGUGACAGACAUCCUGGCUGCCCUGGGCUGGAGGCCGACUGUGAGCCGGCCAGCCCCUGCACGCCAUGGUGUGCCAUGCCCUGCUGACAGGUGGAUGCUGCUGCCCGCCUGUGGCAUGGAGCAGGUCUCUCAUUUUUGCCUCAUAGCUGCUAAAACAAGAGGUGUGCCCAUUCCCUUCGGCACUCUAGAGGGAAGCACUGAACUCUGGUGUAGCGCAGGAUGAGAGCUGAUGUGUUAAGCCCUCAGCCUCCUUGUGAGCUCGCUCCAGAGUCGAAUGCAUGUCUUGGAAAAGUCUGUUGCUGUAAUAAGUUAUUGAGAAAUGCCUAUCUGACUGUGCUGCUUUUUCGAGUUUCUGCUGUAGAACAAAGCUACAUCAUGGCAGCAAAAUGGCAAUUUUAAAGUAAGUGUUAAACUGUACAACUUUUUGUAUUGUAAAAUAAUGAUUACCUAACCCUGUUGAAAUGCAAUUGCCAUAGUAACAAAUAACAGUAUUGCCGCUCUCUGUCUGGGUCACGUGUAUGCCCUGACCUGCUUUGCACUGCUUUUGAUUGAUCUUGUAUUUUCUAGUUGGACGGAAUGGUGACUAACGGUAGGUUUUGUACUGUCAGCUUGUAUUUUUUAUUUGUACAUAUGUAAAGUAUUUCUUGUCCAAAGACUCAUUUCUGGUUUUAAGGCACCAUAUCGUAUUGCUGGGAUAAUGAGCACAAAAUACCUUAACAUUCAGGAUAGACUGAUUCCAGGUCUUUGCUUCAACUUCUUCAAGUCAGGUGAUCAUUUUCUAAAACUGCCUCUGUAAAGCAAGGCUGUGUGAUUUGAAAGCAUAGGCAGAUUCAGUUGCAGAUGUGUCAUAAUUUGGUGGAAAGAAUUAAAGCUAUUUCAUUUGCAUCAGCUCUGGAGGUUUCAGUGACCCCCUGGAAGUGCUCAUUUACUUGAAGGUUGCAACACCAUUUGUAGUUCUUAUUUAUCCUGCAGGAAAGCAAAGCCAGACCUCACUGCCAAGCUUCACAAAGGCUAGAUUGAUGAUGCCGACAUCGACAAAUGAACACACCAUGGCAGCCUGGUCAUUUGGCUCAGGUUCACUUGAAGUUCAAAUCCACUCUGUGCUGUAGUAGUAUGCCCAUAUCAUCCAUCUUUUGUCGUUCUGUGUUUCUGCUUGUAAUUUGUCCUGUAGUUUUCUGUGGCAUCCGUUCAUAGCUUCUCCUGUAGUUCAGUGGAUGCUGCAGGUAGGUGGAAGCUGGCUGCAGCGGUGCGUUCCUCAUUGCUCUGGAACAGCAGAGCUGCAGAUAGCCAGCGUUCCCCAUGUCCCCCCAGACAGUGCCAAGCUUGAGGGUCAGCUUUUGCUACCAGGAGAUGCGGGCAUGUCUGGAGGAGCACCUCGCCCCGCCACCUCUCCACGUGCCGAGGGCAGCACUGACUGCAGCAGCGAGCAGCGGCUUUGGGCAGCGCCAGGCUCUGAUCCAGGGGAGCUCUCCCUGGGGAUAUCUCGAGGAAACGGACACGCAGCAUUGAGUCCCUUCCCAUGAGAUGUAGCUUAGAGCAGAUAAAGCUUGUACUUUUGUAUAGCUUAGCCUUCUUCAAGUAGUAAGUUCAGCUUUCUCCUCAGUGACCUACAAGAAACACUGGAUGGCUCAAAAUGCUGAUGGGACAGGCAGCUGGCACAAGCAUCUAAGAAAUCUUCAGGAUAUAUUUGUAUAGUUGGUUCUCCUUCUCUCUUCUCUUACACUAGCCUGGCAAAUCUACUUCAGGGAUGCAUCUGCAAAUAAAUUUGGAAGGUGAAGUUGGUCUUUACAGUGUUUCUGCACUGUGGCACUGCCAAGAUAGCUGUUCCUGAAAGUAUGAAAAGUGCAUCUGCAGUUCUCUCUGUAUGAGAUCAGUAGGGAUGUUCUGAGCGCUGAAGGCCAGCUGUGCUCUCAGCUACGCUAACCAAAGUCUAACAAAGUGUUGGCAUUUCCAAAGGGAGAGAGCUCAGAGUCUCUGCUUGGAAGCACGGUGACACACAGCACAGCUUGGCUGGUUUUAUGUGUCAUUUUCUCGAUCCACUGAUUUUAGGAAGCUUUCUUGCUGCACCUCUGCAUUCCAGACCAUGGAUGCCAGAUCAGUAUUUCUGCAGGCAGUUUUUGUACUGUUCUGUAACUUUUGUACUCUCAGUAGCUCAUUGCAAGGCUGGUCCUUGCAUCUUUGCAGCGAUGUGCUGGAGCCCACACAAGCAUCUCUGCAUCUUCCUGCCUUCCUGUCUAACAUGCAAUGUGCUAGCAUUGCUUAAGGAGUCAGCGUUCAGGCAGCCUGAUGCUGAUGUUGUCUGGCUGUGGAGAAGCCUUCUGAAGCAUAUAGGGAGGGGAUGUGUCAGCAGGCAGCAACAGAAGUAGAUUUGCAGAGCUUUGUCAGAUGUGUUUGGCUACCUUGUCUCUCUAUAGAACAAGACUAGAUACCAGCUAGUAUAAUGUUGUGGCUAAUGGAGAAACUAGUUUGCCGAAUUAUCCACCAGAUUUGUAUCUCUGCAAGAAAUGGAAAAGCAGCAGAGGUUUACUUACUGUACAGUGUACUUUCUGAUGUGAAUUAGUAGUGGCAUGCUGCCUCCUGGAUUUUCCUCAGCAAAGAGCAUACUGAGGUGACUCAUGGACUUUCCAGGACAGACAGUGAUGUCCGAUGUGUUAAUUAUGGAAAGGCAAGUUAUUAGUGCAGAAAGUAAUGUAGAGUGUGAACUUUGUGAUGAAAUUCAAGUGUGGACAGACCUAGCAGAUGUCUUCCUGUGGGAGUGUUUCAUAGCUGUAGUUUUGUAGGAAUAAGCUUUGUCAGACUUUUCUCCUUCGACUGUCACUGUGGUUAUCCCAAUGUUUGUAGGAGAGGAUCCCCUGUGAGCCUCCUGUGUAGUAGGACAUUGUUGGUAGUCUGAAACCUUGGGUUUGUUGGUGUGCUCACCUGGUGGCACCUGGCAGGGCUGCUGUGGCUCUCCUUGCCCCUUUCUCAAAAGAGCGGCACAAACAGCGGCAUAAAAUGGGGCCUGCGGCAAGAAAAAGAUGAAGUCCCUGCCGUGCUCACCCCACAGCAAGGAGCUAUGCUGGUGGAGCGAGGGCCUGGUGAUGGAGCCCUAGCCCCGCUGCUCCUGUGCCCCACAUGUACCUCACAUGCAACCCGCCUGCACCCCACCGCUCCUGCUCCGGGCCCUCCUCCCACAGCGUGUCUGCAUCGAGCAUUGACUCAGCCUCAGCCUUGGCCAUUGGCGAUCCCGGCACCAGGGCAGCCGCGCGGGGUCGGUGUUGGCUGUUCUGAGCCAUAAAGCCGGCGUGCUGCAGGUAAGGAGGGUGCUCCCUGCUGAAGGAGAGGCUCGGUGAGGUGCUCGCGUCGUUCAGUCCAGGGAACCCAAGCAGUCUGGAUAUUUUGGUCAGUUAUUGUGAAAUUGUUUCCAAACAGCAACAGUUUUAAAUGCCAUCAUACAAAUGGAGGAGAGAAACCUUUUAUGCAGUUGGAAAGUGUUGUUUUGAGAUGCUAUGCAUUUUGUUGGGUUAUUGAAAACAAAUUUACUGUGCAUUAAUCUAAUGAAUGUUACUACCUUUUAUAUUUAUUUUAGAUGACUCUCCUGUAUUUUACAAAGGGAAGUUUCAUUGUGUGAUAACAGUCUGUACUCUUAAUAUAAUUUGUUAAAUAAAAUCUGUUUUAAUUGGUUUA